AUAUAAUCAUAAUCCGGAAAAUGUGUUUUUAGUUUUUAUCUAAAAAACUUUUAAAAAAGAAGUGAAAAUGCUGUUUCAACAGGACACGUGAAGCAACACUUAACCUACACAACUAAAAACUCUCUCCUCCUCCAACCACCAUCCCCAGCCCCUACUGGAGGAGAGAACAGAAAGAGACAAAUAUAAACAGUAAGUCGGCUGUGUCGAAGGAUAUUGCCUCCCAGAAACACCGGCAUUCGGCCAGCUCUGAGACAUUCAUCUGUCUUCUCCCUAGCCUGACUCAUGGAUAAGUGAGGUGGUAAGAGAGAGAGAGAUAGGAGGGAGCGAGGGGGAUGGAGAAGCAGUAUGAGGGAGUGAGAGACGGAGUGCGAGAGGGGGGAGACAGGACAUCUGAAAGUUUUCAACCUGUGAUCACGGUAGGUGAUGCGAAUCGAAACCGGGGGCUCAUCCAACAAGCGGGACAAAGGAAUUUCCUCAGGAUGGAAUGCACCAAAGUCAGAUAAUAUUAGGCAAUUAUUUUCACAAGGGCUGCCUGUGACAUUUUUUGAUUUUGGAGGAGUUCUAAGUAUAAAAACAUGAGCGGGGACAGGGGAAAAAAGGCAGUCACUGAAGGAGUUUGAAGAUUGAGUUGUUUGGUGAUGAACAACCCUGGUUUUGCACGAUUGAAUUUUUUUGGGAUUAUAGCAGCUCAGAAGGCGAUACAAAUGUACAGGACAAAUCAAAGGAGAACACAAGGGGUGCUGCCUUUGAUGAAGUAGAAACCGGCCUGUUCUAGAGCGUACACAAACCAGAAGACAACGGCGCCUGGAUUGCGAGUCAGACAACCAACUCUUGACCUAACACCCCUUUUACUGUGGAGGUACAUUCUGUGCUUGGAUUACUGCCUUGACCACGUUUUGCGGCGACCUGUUAAUAAGUUUGGGAGCUGCUGGGCUUUUUUGAUUGUGAAGUGGCCCUUUUGGUUUAUACGGUGCGCCCGGGUAUGAGCCACCGCCCUGUGUGCUGGACCUGAGCUGCCCUCCGCCGACCCUACCCCUGUUCGCGGGACCCUGUGACCAUGCUGACCAAGCCCCCUGAACCAGCCAGAGCAGAGCCCCGACCCGCGCCCAGCCCAGCAGUCCUCUCCAUAGCAGCAUGUCCCAGCCAGAGGCACCCCCGCUGGCGGUCAACGGUUCGGGGUCCGAGGAGGUGGCUGGUGCUCAGCUACGCUGGGCCGCCUUACUCAUCAUUAUGGUCAUCAUCCCCACCAUUGGGGGCAACAUCCUGGUCAUCCUGGCAGUGUCGCUGGAGAGGAAACUGCAGAAUGCCACCAACUACUUCCUGAUGUCCCUGGCAGUGGCCGACCUGCUGGUGGGACUCCUGGUGAUGCCCAUCGCCCUCAUCACUGUGCUCUACAAUUCCGGAUGGCCUCUUCCGGAGUUUCUCUGCCCAAUCUGGCUCUUCCUGGACGUCCUGUUCUCCACAGCAUCCAUCAUGCACCUGUGUGCCAUCUCACUGGACCGCUACAUAGCCAUCAAGAAGCCCAUUCAGCACAGCCAGUAUAAGUCCAGGGCCAAAGCCAUGGCUAAGAUAGCAGUGGUGUGGUUCAUAUCUAUUGGUAUCGCAAUUCCCAUUCCCAUCAAGGGGCUGAGAAACUACCACCUUCCAAACAAUGUCACCUUUAACAGCAACCACACCUGCCUACUGAAACCAGACAGCUUCCGAGAAUUCAUCAUGUUUGGCUCCAUGACAGCUUUUUUCAUCCCUUUGACUAUCAUGAUGGUCAUCUACCUGCUCACCAUCCAGGUGCUGCGCAAGAAAGCCUUUCUGCUCAGGUCAAAGGUGACCCAACGCUUCACUCGCCCAACCGUCUCCUCAGUCUUCCAGAGGGAGCAGUCAGUGGCUUCUCCCACAACUGAGAAACUGCCAGGAAAAUCAAUUUCUCCCGCCAACCCAAUCAUAGGUGACGAGAUCCCCAUCCGUCGCAUGUCCACCAUAGGCAAGAAGUCCAUGCAGAACCUGACCAAUGAGCAGCGUGCCUCCAAGGUGCUGGGCAUCGUCUUCCUUCUGUUUGUGGUCAUGUGGUGCCCAUUCUUCAUCACCAACAUCACCUCUGUGCUUUGCGCCAGCUGCGACGUCCAUGUGAUCGGCCGCCUGAUGGAGAUCUUCGUGUGGGUAGGCUACGUGUCAUCAGGCAUCAAUCCGCUGGUCUACACCCUCUUCAACAAGACCUUCCGCCAGGCCUUCACACGCUACAUCACCUGUAACUACAGCAGCGCCACUAACACGCCAGCCAGGCAAACUAGGGAACAGCAUGGCUGCAGGAAUCUGACACGGAUCUCCUUCCAUUCAUCUGUGGCGGAAAACUCCAAGCUGUUCAUGAAGCGGGGGAUGAAGAACGGCAUCGGGCCGGUGAGCUAUCAGAGCCCGCCGAGGCGACGGCAAGCACCCAUGCAGUCCUCUGCUAGCGUUGUACUGGACACUCUGCUCCUUACAGAGAAUGAGGAUUGCAAACCCGAAGAGCAUGUCAGUUAUGUGUAGUGCAAAAGGAAAUAAUUAGAACCAGAAAGUCACGUGAAAAAGACAGAGCAGGCUUGAGUUGUCCAGGGGUUCAGGUGACAAGACACCUUCCUUGAGCAUCACUUCUGUGGAUUCGGUGCUAUUAAAAGAAAACACCGUGUGUCCUCAGGGGCGAAACGAAAGGAGAUGCGAUCUCUGUCAAACACUUUGGCCAGAAAGAAGAGGCCCUCAGAUUCUGUACAGAGAUUGCUGAACAUUAGGAGUAAAAUGACACAGCAAAUAGGUGCGUCGAGUUAGUUACCCUCAAUAAAAGACAAACCCUACAACGCUCAGGUCGGAUUGUCCUUAAGGAGGCCGCCAGACAGAUAAGGAAUGAAGACAUAGACUGUCUGGAAACACUCUGUGGAUACAAUGUGUAUUCCCAUGCUACCCAUGGGCUAUUUGGUUGUCUGCUAUGGACAAUUCCCAUGGAGGAGAUGACAUGCUUACCAAUUGAGAGGACAAACACUCCUCCCACAAACUAGACAUUCAGUCUCCACAUCACACAGAGUUCUGAAGAAUACACUAUAAAUGCCACCCAUUUUAACUGCAAUGUUUGGUAAGUGUUUUUAUAAACUGUGAACAGAUGUUAUAAAGUCACAAGUCCUAUUUUCCCCAAAGUGUUAUAAUAAUCCACUUGGAUGUUUAUAUAUAAAAUGCAACACAGACAAAACCUUUGCAAAUGGGAAGCUUGUCAAAUACAAAAAUGUAUAGCCUACGAAUGGAUGUGUGAUGGUUCAGAAAUGUAUAAAACUGUGCUUGGCUUAAAGAAAA